AUGCCGCCGUUUCGCCCCAAUCCCGCCGCUGUUCCACGCUUGUUCCGAGCUCAAGCCCGCCAGUACUCGCUGUCUCCCCCCACCUCUCCACCCACCUCGCCCUUUGCGCCUCGACAUUUCCUCUCCAUAGCAGACCUCACUCCCCCCGAGCUGGCCACGCUCGUUCGAAAUGCAUACCUCCACAAGACAGCAAUUAAGUCUACAGGCGAAAUCCCCCUCUCGUUGCGCGCCGCACUGGCUGGCAAGACGGUGGCCAUGACCUUUAGCAAGCGGAGCACUCGUACGAGGGUUUCCACGGAGGGUGCCGUCGUCGCAUUGGGUGGUCAUCCUAUGUUCUUGGGCAAAGAUGACAUCCAGUUGGGGGUGCGGACACCCCUCUUCCUGCACCGGUCCAUCGUCAACGAGUCCCUCUAUGACACUGCCCUCGUCCUGUCGAGCAUGACGUCCUCCAUCGUCGCCCGAGUUGGCCCUCACUCCGAUGUAGCUGCCCUCGCCAAGCACUCCGCCGUCCCGGUUAUCAACGCCCUCUCCGACCUGUACCAUCCCCUCCAGAUCAUUGCCGACUUCCUCACUAUUGCUGAGGUCAAUAUGUCCACCUCGGGCCCAUCGCUAGGUCUGGAGGGAAUGAAGAUCGCUUGGAUUGGAGACGCAAACAACGUCCUAUUCGACCUGGCCAUCGCUGCCACAAAGCUGGGCGUAGACAUCGCCGUCGCGACACCGAAAGGUUAUUCCAUUCCCGAGGAUAUGCGUGGAAUCAUUGAUCAGACCUGCAUAAAUUCCCCCCAGGCCGGCACACUGACCGAGACUACAGUGCCAGAAGAGGCCAUCAAGAACGCAGACAUUCUCGUCACCGAUACCUGGGUGUCAAUGGGCCAGGAAGGAGAGACAGCCAAACGACUAAAAGCAUUCGAGGGGUUCCAGAUCACCUCCGAGCUUGCCAAACGAGGUGGCGCCAAGGAGAACUGGUCUUUCAUGCACUGCUUACCCCGCCACCCUGAGGAGGUCAGUGAUGAAGUCUUCUACGGCCCCAGGUCUGUUGUCUUCAGAGAGGCAGAGAACAGGCUAUGGGCUGCAAUUGCUGCCUUGGAAGCGUUUGUCGUGAACAAGGGAAAGAUUGUCUGAUAAACUAUUGCCAGGCGAUUGAUGUGAAUAACAAUGACUUCAUUCAAGCGUCUAGGGAUCUUUGCCGGCGUUUAAAAGCACAAUUAUUCCAUAUGGCUAAGAAUAGAAAUUCAAUGGCCAUCUUUGCAGCUCACAGCCUAUUGGGCAUCGUUCUUCACCUCCCCGUGAGCAAACUCACAAAGGAAAGGACACUUAGAGAAAG